CAUGGGGAAGUUUAAUGUUGGAGACAAGAAGAAGUAGACGGGAGAGUAUGAUUGGAAGCAAUUGACUGAGAGUCAGUACUAUAGAUUGAUUUGGACAAGAGUUUGAAUCAGAGUGAGUUGAAGCAACUGCAAUUCGGAAUUGGGAUUGAAUGAGCAGGAUUUGGCCAGUUUGGAUGCUUAUCAGUAUGAUCAAUUACUAGACAUGAUGAAUUAAUGAUUAUAAAUAAUUAACAAGCAAGAG